GUCCAAUCCCGAGUGUGACCGUUUAGUGUCGGCAGGAGUUUCGGUGGAGGAAGGAAAUAAAAACCAGACUGGGCUAUCAUGGGGGAAAUAGAAGGAACAUAUCGAGUGUUGCAGACUCCAGGUGCCCGUCUAGGUGCAGAAAGAAGUACUGGUAUUAGUACACUGGAACCAGGACAGAACCUCAGCACAGCUCUAUCGUCUUCUCCUUCCAAGAACACCAACCAAAAUCUAACUUCGUCUGUAUUGCUGCUGGAUGGCACAGACCUACCUGUGGAAAUUGGGCCAAAAACCAUAGGCCAAGCAUUGCUGAGCCAACUGUUCACUCAUCUGAAUAUGGUGGAGACAGACUAUUUUGGCAUCGAGUUCCAGACGGCGCAGUCACAGUGGGUGUGGUUGGAGCCUCUAAAAUUUGUAUGCAAGCAGCUGCGCAAACCAAAAAAUGCCAAAAUGCGUCUGGCUGUGAAGUUUUUCCCCCCUGACCCUGGUCAGCUUCAAGAGGAGUACACAAGGUACCUUUUUGCUAUGCAGAUCAAGAGGGACCUUGCAGAAGAGAGGCUGGUGUGCAGUGAUAAUACUACAGCUCUACUUAUUUCUCUGCUCCUGCAGUCUGAGGUUGGGGAUUACGAUCAGAAAGUGGACCUGGAGAAUCUAAAAAACACUCAUUAUGUACAGAAACAGCACAGUCUGGAAGAGCGGAUAUUGCAAAACCACCAUGAGCACAUUGGUAUGUCUCCAGCAGAUGCUGACUUCCAAAUUCUAGAGAUUUCUAGAAGACUUGACCUGUAUGGAACACGCUUCCACCUUGCAUCUGACCGGGAAGGUGCCAAAAUCAAUUUGUCGGUUUCUCAUAUGGGUGUCCUGGUUUUUCAGGGUAACACAAGAAUUAACACAUUUAACUGGUCAAAGAUACGGAAAUUAAGCUUCAAAAGACGGCGCUUCCUUAUAAAAUUACAUCCGGAGGUCCAUGGUCCGUAUCAGGAUGCCCUGGAGUUCCUCCUCCCCAGCCGGGAUAUGUGUAAGAGGUUUUGGAAGAUCUGUGUCGAGUAUCACAGCUUCUUCCGGCUCCAGGAUCAGCCCAAGCCAAAAUCUAAGCCUGUUCUUCUGAGUCGGGGCUCCUCGUUUCGGUACAGUGGUAGAACACAGAAGCAACUGAUGGACUAUGUACGGGACACUAGCAUUAAGAGGCCACCAUAUGACAGGAGACACAGCAAACCCAGAGUGUCCCCUUGCACUGUGACUCCUGAUUCUCCAAAGCAGAUCAUCACUUUCACUGAGAGUCUGAAGACCCCUCCGUUGCCUUCUCCUUUUACCCUACCCUCUCAACCUGUAUCCAGCCCUCCCACCUCUAUCCCACAGAAAAGCAUUACCAGAAUCGAAAAUAUUCCAGCUUCUCCGUGGCAAGAAGAACCAGCCAGAAUUCCGGAGACCACAGGAUUGCCAGUUCAUUCGGCAUUACAAGGUCUUUCACCCCACCCUAUCCCAUUCUUACCCAGUAGACAGAAUACCAUAGAAAGCCUGGAUUCAGAAAAUGUUCACCACGGUGAGGAAAUCAGGUUGUGGGUGUCGGGGGUUUCUGAUUCUCUGUUGAUUUCUGAAGAGUUUAUAGAUGAUGAUCCAGCUGACAUCUCCUUCAGUGGAGGAGCAGAGGUGUAUAAUUAUGGGGAAAGAAUGGCCGCAUCUGACCAGGAGGAUAUUACUCCAGAAGAGUAUUAUUUGGAUGAUAUGGAUAUAAGAGAUUUCAAUGGCAAUACAAGGCAAACAGAUGCUAGUGAGUUGUUUGAGAUGAAGGCUCAGGCUAGUCUAAUGCAGAGUCUUCUUAGCCCAUCAGAAAAUGGCUCACUUCUCAACCAUCGCUCAGAAAGUAGCUCUCUGCUCCAUCAUCACUCUGAAAGCAGUUCACUCACCAACCUUAAUGGUAUUCCAAGCUUUUCCCGUUCUGAAAACCACUCCACUGCCAGCUCAAUGAUCAACUUUCCAGCCUGCUCUGUGCGGUCAGAAUCCAGCUCUGCUCUCCAGUUUGGAGACAUACUGGACCAGCUUGAACAGCUUAGCUACCCCCCAACAACAGAAGACUCAAGCAGUUCCGAUGGUGAUUCUUGGGACUCUGAGGAAGAGACCCCACUUGACAUCAACUUAUUUUUCAGCAAUCCACUGACCCAGUAUGCCAAUUUUAACCAACUUGGGGUGCAGGAUAAAAAUGGACCACCAAAUAUCCUGCAGAUGGAUGAGGCCUAUUACAUCACCAAGGAAAUACUGAGCACAGAGACUUCUCAUUUAAAGGAUAUUGAGGUCAUAACAGUGGCAUUGCUCCCAUCAUUCCAUAAACUAGAAGAAGUCUUUCUGGAGAUGCAAAGGAAAACUCACAGGAAACACGAGGUGGACAUCUUAUUGCAAGAAUUUGAACAACAGAGAGUGUGUUACCUGCCACUCAGCUGCCUUCUGUUAAAGCCUCUGCAGCGCCCCCUGCAGUAUGAAAAAUUACUGGAACGACUGUGUCGCCAUUAUCCGCCUUCACACCAUGAUUACAACAACUGCCAACGGGCUUUAGGUGAGACCAGUGCUGUGAGUUCUCGGAUCCGACACCGUCUGCUGCACUUGCAGAACCUGCAAAGACUGGACCAGCUUGAAAGAGACCUGCUGGGAGGAGAGCACCUGUCUUCGCCAGGUCGUGAAUUUAUUAGGGAGGGCUGUCUAUACAAACUGACCAAGAAUGGCCUGCAGCCACGCAUGUUCUAUCUUUUUUCAGAUAUGCUGGUAUACACACGAAAAGGCCUGAGCUGCACUAACCAGUUUCGGGUUCAUGGACGCUUGCCUCUGCAUGGAAUGCUGGCUGAGGACACUCAGAGUUCUGUCCCUCACUGCUUUACUAUCUACUCGGCACAAACAACUAUUGGAGUGGCUGCCAGCAUUCAGGUGGAUAUGAGACGUUGGCUGGAUGAUUUGAAUGCUGCUAUCAGCCGGGCUCCGAGAUACAGCGAAUUAUCUGCCCAGUCAUUGCAGCAACCACUGAUCCAGACUCCAGGCCAAAACCAUCGCCCCAACACACUCAGUCAUGUGUGCUGGUACCGGAACCAGAGUGUGUCACUGCCUGAUCAUAUUACUAUGAUGGAGAACCAACUCUCUGGAUACUUACUUCGGAAGUUCAAGAACAGCAAUGGUUGGCAACGACUAUGGGUGAUCUUCACCAGUUUCUGCCUUUUCUUUUACAAAACUCACCAGGAAGAUGCCCCACUUGCCUCUCUGCCGCUCCUGGGAUACACAGUCAGUAUUCCAUCAAAUUCAGACCCAGUUAAUUGUCGUCAUGUCUUCAAACUACAGUUCAAAUCACAUGUGUAUUUCUUCAGAGCGGACAGCGAGUAUACAUGGAGAAGGUGGAUGGAGGUGAUCAGACGUGGGGUGAGUUCUCCAGGAAAAAUAGGCCACUUGGCAGAGGAUGGAAGCAUGCUUCAUUUCCCUCUAUGAAGCUGAGACAACAAUGAACAUGUAAAGGAGUAUACAAAGACUAUUUCCAGAA